AUGCGAAUAUUUUUAUACGAAUUAACAAAGAAACAACAACAACAAAUAUCACAGAUUUAUUCAAAAAGUAAAAUUAUUGUGUUGAAAAGCGUAAAUAUUGUGUCAAAACAUAACUUUACUUCGAAUUUACACCCGGCAAAUAAAAAAAAUGACUCCUUAAAGAAGUGUACAGAGUCGGAAUCGAAUCCAAACUCAGAAACGGAGUCAAAGGUGGAAACAGGGUCAGAUUCAAAAUUGGACACAGAGUCGAUGCCCAAGCCCAAUGAAUCAUAUUAUUCAUCUAAUUAUAAUGAUACAACUAAUGAAUUACCGUAUAUAUUUUAUACUGAAACUUUACCAACAAAUAUGAAAUUUAUGCCAACAUUAUCAAAUGGUCAUAUUGGUUUUACAAUAUUUGGUAAUUCAAUAUUUAUGAAUGGUGCAUAUAAUGGUAUACAUGGUUUAAGUCAUCGUGCUAGAAUACCAAAUUAUUCAAAUUUAACUAUUACAUAUGAUAACAAUUAUAAUAAUAAUAAUAAUAAUAUACCAUUAAAAAAAUCAUAUAGUAUGAAUGUACAUAAUGGUAUAUUUGAAAUAAAAUAUGAAAAUUCUGAUAUAAAAAUAAUACAAUUAAUUUAUCCACAUCGUUAUUUUAAUCGUUUAAUUAUAAAUCAAAUUUAUAUUCAUCGAUUAAAUGCAAAAGGUAAACUUAGAAUAAAAAUUCAACAACAACCUGGUCAAAAUACUGAUGAUAUUGAUUUUGAACCAAUACAAAAUUUAACAAUAACAAGAACAAAACGUAAAAUUGAUCAAAGUAAUAAUGAUGAUAUUAGUAUUGGACAAUCAUCAUCUUCAUCAUCCAAUAAACGUAAUUAUGGCAGUAUUAACAACAAUAAUUAUUUUUUGAGACGUCAUCAUGACAUCUAUAAUUUUAUGAAAUCUCAAGAAGGCGUCAUUGGACAAGAUCCUAUUGAAGAUAAUACUUAUUACAAUGGUAACAACAAUAAUGAUGAUUAUAAUAAUAAUGAAGAAACAUUACAUUUUGAUGGUAUUAACGGUGCUGCUACAAAUAAUAAUAAUAAUAAUAAUAAUGGUAAUAGUAAUGAUGCCACAACAGUACUUCAUUUAAUACGCGGUUAUACAAAAGAAUUAGAAGAUGAAAAUUAUCAAAAAUCAAAGAAGCAUAUCUGUUGUAUAUGGAAUCAUGUUCCAGAAGAGAUAACAUUAAAUGAAGAAGAACACUAUGUUUCUUACAGAUUUCAAAUGGCUGUCGAUGAACUUUGUAGUGUAGCCAAGCAGGAAAUGAAAGAUGCAUUCCAGUAUACAUCAAAAUCGCUUAUAGAAUCAAAUGCCGAACAAUGGAAAUCAUUUUGGGAUAAAUUUAGUAUAUCAAUAACUGGAAAUCAAGAAUUGGCAAAAACAAUUUAUGGUAGCAUAUUUUAUUUAGCAAGUUCAUUGCCAUCAUUUGAAAGCAAUCAACAAAAUAAUCCAUAUUAUGGUUUAAGUCCAACUGGUGUUGGUCGUGGCGGUGAUAACAGAGCAAUUGACUAUCAAGGACAUAAUUUUUGGGAUACUGAAGUAUGGAUGCUACCAACCGUAACACAAUUUGAUACAAGAUGGACACGACAACUAUUAAAUUAUCGUUUUAGAAUGUUGGAUAUUGCAAAGGAUAAUGCAAGAAAAGAAGGAUAUGAGGGUGCAAAAUUCCCGUGGGAAAGUGCAUUCACUGGAACAGAAACAACGAAUCCUUGUUGUAUGGAAGUAGCUGAAUUUCAACAUCAUAUUACUGCUGAUAUUGCAUGGGGAAUGCAAAAUUAUUUUUCAAUUACAUAUGAUAUUGAAUGGUUACAUAAUGAAGGUUUAGUUUUAGCUGAAAAUAUUGCAAAUUUUUGGAAAAGUCGUGUUAAAAGAGAUGAUUCAACUGGAUUAUAUGAUAUUAGAAAUGUCAUGGGACCAGAUGAAGAUCAUCCAAAUAUUACAAAUAAUGUUUAUACAAAUGUUAUUGUAAGUUAUGCCUUAAAAUUUGCUGAUUUUGCCAAAAAUUUAUGUUCAAAUUCAAAACGUAUAACACAAUCAGAAUGGUUAAGAAUUGCACAAAAUAUGAAAAUUUUAUAUAAUAGUACAAUUGAUUAUCAUCCACAAUUUGAAGGUUACGAAAUUGGUGAACCAAUAAAACAAGCUGAUACUGUUUUAUUAGGAUAUCCUUUAAUGUUUCCAAUGAAGGAUUCAACACGUCAUAAUGAUUUAAGAAUUUAUGAAGAAGUAACACGUAAAAGUGGACCAGCAAUGACAUGGGUUAUGCAUACCAUCAAUCAUAUUGAUAUAGGAAAUUAUGAUAAAGCAGCAGAAUUAUUUAAUAAAAGUUAUAAAAAUUAUGUUAGGGGUCCUUUUCAGGUAUGGAGUGAAGUAAUACCAGAACGGAAUGGUGCUGUUAAUUUUCUUACUGGUUCUGGUGGUUUUCUACAAUCAGUUAUAAAUGGUUAUGCUGGUGUACGUAUUUAUUUAGAUCGUAUGGAAAUUAAAAUGCCACAUUUACCACCUGGUUCAACAAAAUUUUCAAUUGCAGGUAUUAAGUAUCUUGGAUCAACAUUCAAAAUUACUGUGACAUCAAAUGAAUCGUUAAUUCAAUGUACUUCUGUUAAUCCUAGUCAUCCAUUAGUAUUAAAUGAAAUGGAUCUUAAUGUUUAUCAAAUAACAAAAAAUUUUAUUUAUUACUUUAAAGUGCCAAAAAUUAUGAUUAAAUCAACUAGAAGUAAUUUCAGAGAUUGGAGAUAAAUUAAAUAAUGC